AUGACCAGGAGAAACUCUCCACCUUCGCGGUCAUUUGGCUCCUACGGUCGUGAAUCCAUCGCCUUCGUCACGAUGGACGGAAGCGAUGUAGCCCCCAAGGCGCCUGUGCCCGUGGUGUAUCAACAAAACUCGGGUCAGCGGCUGGGCGAGAAGAGCCACGCACCCUUCGAGAGCGAAUCAUUCCCAGAGACCGGCUCUCAGGAGACGUACAGUGACCUCUUUCCGGCCCAUGGUCGGUGCGGUGACGACUUGCAUUCCCUCUACGACGGCCCUACCACUUCCACUCGCCCUGGCAUAUCGCCUACAGGACCUCCCAGCUUCGACUUUGAAUCUUUCCUUGCCACCGAGUUUGAUCUUUCCAAAAUCCAUGCCAUCAAGCACCGGCUCUGGUUAGCUGGCCGUCCUGUCCCUCCUCGCUCCUUGCAAACUCAGAUUACGCAGGGGAGAGAAGUGAUUGUGAGUGAAAAGCUGGAGUUCCAUCUGGUUUGGGGAAGGGGCAAGGUAUACCUAAAGCCUUUGGCUAAGUAUUUGUUAUGCCGGCAAUUUUGGGACGAGGAGAUGGCGUGUCGCAGUGAAGCAAAUUGUCAGGGAGGGCGGAAGAAGGGGAACGGGCUGGAUGGAGUUGCUAGUGGUUUGGAUCAUGGGGCUGAGGGAACUGGGAAUGACCACGGUGAAAGGGACGUGAUGGUGUCGACGAGUGCCAAGGAGGAGCUUGCGAAGAAGACCAACAAAAAGGAUGGUUCCGAGCUCCUUUGCAAACGGUGCGAAGCCCGACAGGCGGCGUUGGGGCUGUUGUACUCGUAUGUAGCCCUGGUCCAGCGUGAGAGCGACUUGGAGACGGCGAAGGAGAUGGGUCUGAUCCCAAAGGCCAUCAGCUGGCCGAAGUGGCGCUUGUUUGUUCACGAGUUUCUCGACCCGCAGUCCCGUUACCAGCCGAUCCACCACAAUAUCGCAGUCCGCUUCAUCUACGGCGAACUUCGUCUCAACCGGCUCGACAUGAUCUACCUGCUCACCAAGCCGCUGACCCUGGGAUUUAUGCCGUUGUGGACGUCGUACGGCGACUUUGUGGUGAACAAUUCGAGCUGGAUUAUCGGCGGGACGGCGUGGAUCGUGGUGCUGUUGUCGGCAAUGCAGGUGGCAUUGGGGACUGACAUGGGUUCCGGGGAAAAGAACGCACCAUUGCACAGGGCGAGUUACGGAUUCGCCAUCUUCUCGAUGCUGGGCCCGCUUGCCGCGUUUGCGUUGUUGUUUAUGUACAUGGUGCUGAUACUGAUCUGGAACUUGGUAAGAACAAGGAAUUAUGAGAGGAAGAGGAGCAAGGCAUUGAAGAGGGGAUGGAGUGACAUGCACAAAUCCAAGGAGGAGAGUUCAAGGCGCAGAAAAGUGUCGCCGGUUUGA